UGAAGCCAUGAUGAGAAAAAGAAAAAGAAAACUCAGUCACUUUGAGUCAUCUUCUUCGCAGGCAAAUAUGUAUAUGGAAGAGUUAAACACAAACCAAAUAGACGUUUCUUUGAUGCUAACUAAACAAGUUUUGUCUGAAGAAGUUAAAGGUGAUUCGAACCUGGUGUUCUCUCCUCUGUCAAUUCAAAUAAUUCUUGGCUUAAUCGCCUCCGGCUCAAAGGGAACAACUAAGGACCAGCUACUCUGUUUCCUCAAGUCGAAAUCCAUGGACGAACUCAAUUCUCUGUAUUCUCAUAUUAUCAGCAACGUAUUUGCUGAUGAAAGCCCCAGUGGUGGUCCCAUUUUGUCCGUUGCUAAUGGUGUUUGGAUCGUCCGAUCAAUGCCUUUUAAACCUUCUUUUAAGAAGAUUGUGAAGAAGGUUUACAAGGCUACUUCAAAAUCUGUUGAUUUUCAGAUCAAGGUUAGUCCUUCAGCUUGUUUGGAUGGUUGCUACCCGUUGUUCCAUAAUAUGAUUGUUUUAAACUGUAUUGUAUUGUUACGUGAAUAGAAAGUUUGGAUAAAUUUGUAUUGUUUGUUGUGGUUAAAUUACGUCUUUAUUGUUAGUGCAUACAUAAUAAUAAUGCCUCUGUUCCAAUUUAUGUAACACUGUCUUAGCAUAAAUUUUAAGAAAAAAUGGGAGAAUUUUGAAUUUUGUUUGGUUUGACCGCAUGCAUCAUAUAAUAAUAAACUACUAAUAAGUUUACAAGGCUGCUUCAACAUCUGUUGAUUUUCAGAAAAAGGUUACUACUUUGAUUGUUCACCGACUCUAGCUGAUAAAUUUACAUCAAUGCAAUGGUUGGAAUGUUCGUAGAACAUCUUUGAACUUUUACAUUGAAGUGCCUCUGACGGUGUGGUCAAAUAGUCAAUGAAGUGGGAAGAGAAUUACGAGGCCUCAAGUUUAAAUUCUAGUCGAGGAAAAAAAAAUUUAGAUAAUUUCUUUAAUCUAUCGAAGUCUUGGGGGACAA